AUGCCGGGAAACCAGAGCCCCGAGCGGCGCAGGCGGUCGAUGGGGAUGUAUCGCAGGGGGUCGAAUAUGAGCGAAGCAGCGAGUUUCAUGGAAGACGUCGAGAUGGCGCAGGACGAGGUAUGGGAAUUGCGUGACAUGAGACGGCGGCGCGGUGGAUUCAGGCGUGCGCGACAACAUGACACCACCACCGCAUCUGGACCUCCGCUGACGCCACGCAUUCAGAUCUUCGCCGGCCCCAUGUCUGAGAGCAUGCCCACGAGCGUGUCGGCCUUUUCGCACCGUCGCCAGCGCGCAGGCUCCACGGCGAGUUAUACUAGUUUUGCCUACUAUGAUGAGGAGCAGGAGUCGGAUUCGCAGGCCACCGAGGGGGAUAGUGAGGAGGCGAUUGAGGAAGAGGAGGAAGAGUAUGAUGGGUAUACUGUGGAGGAGCUGGAGGAUCUCGAGGCGGGUGUGUCGCGCACGCCGUCGUCGACGUCGCCUUCUCGCUCGUCGGUCGGGCGACGCAAGUCGAGUGGGAGCAGGAGCAGGAGGUCGGUUGAUCGCCCGUUGCUGAGGCGGCAGUCUUCGACCGAGAGCUCGCGGUCCGCGGCGAAUUGGAAGGGCAGGCGGUCGAACCAGAAGAUCUACAUCAUGACUGAGGAUCUGACGAUUGUGGUCGCGGGCUUCAAGACGUCGCCAGUCGGGUUCGUCGUCUAUACGCUGCUGUGUAUUGCGACCCUUGGCCUGGGCUGGCUUCUUUUCAGGUGGCUGCCGCGCUGGAGGGUCAGGCUGACGGGAAGGACCACACCGUUGAGAGACUGCGAUUGGGUCGUCAUUGAGAACCAGUGGGGAGAGUUUGCCGUCCAAGACGUGAGCUCCCAGACGUACGGUCGCUCGCUUUCCACCGUCUUCGGCGACCCGGAGAAAGGACGCGGGGAGUGGGACGAAGACGAGGACCCGCUGAUCAAAGAACUGCGCUGCCUGGACUACCGAUACAUCCGCUUUGUGUACCACCCCAUCAAGGACAAGUUCGUCCUCGCAAACACCUGGAAAGAUCCCGCCUGGACGGACGUCACGGCUCUCCGCGAAGGUCUCGACAACGAUGAGCGAGACUACCGCGAGCUUGUCUUUGGAAAGAACACGAUUGAUAUUGCUGAGAAGACUCUUGGGCAGCUGCUUGUUGACGAGGUCUUCCAUCCCUUCUACGUCUUCCAGAUUGCUAGUCUGUUCUUGUGGUCUGUCGAUGAGUACUACUACUACGCCGCGGCCAUCUUCAUCAUCUCGGUCGUCAGUAUCGCCACGACGUUGAUCGAGACGAAAGCCUCGAUGAAGCGACUACGCGAGGUGUCGCGCUUCGAAUGCGAGGUCCGAGUGCUGCGAAGUGGUUUCUGGACGCACGUCGAUUCGGGAGAACUGGUGCCUGGAGAUGUCUACGAGGUCACGGAUCCAGCGCUUGCCCAGUUCCCUUGCGACAGUCUCUUGCUCUCUGGCGACUGCAUUGUUAAUGAGAGUAUGCUGACGGGCGAGUCUAUUCCUGUUUCAAAGCUCCCCGUAACAGACUCGUCGCUGGAUUUGCUGGACCUCAGUGCUACAACGCUCCAUCCUGAGAUUGCACGACACAUGCUGUUUUCUGGAACUAAGAUCAUCCGCGCCCGGAGGCCUCAUGAGGAUCAUGUCGACGAUGAAGCAGCUGCGUUGGCGAUGGUUGUUCGCACCGGCUUCAACACUACAAAGGGCGCGUUGGUACGAUCGAUGCUCUUCCCUAAACCAUCUGGGUUCAAGUUCUACCGCGACUCUUUCCGAUACAUUUCCGUUAUGGCCAUGAUCGCCAUGAUUGGUUUUGUCGCGUCCUUCAUCAACUUUGUCCAUCUCGGCCUCGCGUGGCAUCUGAUCGUCGUGCGAGCGCUCGAUCUCAUCACGAUUGUCGUUCCGCCUGCGCUGCCUGCCACCCUCACCAUCGGAACUAGCUUCGCUUUGUCACGCCUGAAGCAGAAGCAGAUUUUCUGCAUCAGUCCGCAGCGUGUUAAUGUGGGUGGUAAGCUCGACGUAGUCUGCUUCGACAAGACUGGAACACUUACUGAAGAGGGUCUCGAUGUUUUGGGUGUGCGCGUAGUUGAGCGGCCCAGAGGGAGGUUUAGCGAACUCCUGUCAGACCCAUUUGAUAUUCUUCCCGGGUCGCAAUAUGACCGUGAUCCGACGGUGGAGUAUGCGGCGCACAAGGCGAUUCUUUACACCAUGGCUACUUGCCACUCAUUGCGCAAAAUUGACGAGGAGCUGCUGGGCGACCCGCUUGAUGUCAAGAUGUUCGAUUUCACUGAAUGGAGCUACGAGGAGGGAGAGCAGAGAUCUAGCAACAAUGAUGACGAUCCGGAGCAGAAGCUUUCACCAUCUGUUGCUCGACCGCCUGCAGGACGGGAAUACGAUAUUGACGACCAGGACGAUGCGAGCAGGAAGCCCGUGGAGCUUGGCGUGCUGAAGUCAUUCGAAUUCGUGUCCCAGCUCAGGAGAGCAAGUGUUAUCGUACGGCAGUUCGGGUCGAAGAGUGGCCAGGUCUACGUCAAGGGCGCACCCGAGGUCAUGAAGGAGAUCUGCCGACCAGAGAGCUUCCCGUCCGACUACGAGGAACUGCUGUCUUUCUACACCCACCGCGGCUUCCGUGUCAUUGCAUGCGCUACCAAGACAAUCUUCAAGCUCAACUGGCUCAAGGUGCAGAAGAUGAAGCGGGAGGAUGCGGAAAGCAGCCUUGACUUCGUCGGCUUCAUCAUCUUCGAGAACAAGCUCAAGCCCAGCACCGCACCAGUUAUCGAAGAGUUGGAACGCGCAAACAUUCGCAAGACAAUGUGCACAGGCGACAACAUCCUCACUGCCAUCAGCGUCGCCCGAGAAUGCGGCCUCAUCAAUAAAACGGCACACUGCUUCGUCCCGCACUUCGUGGAAGGCGACUCCCGCACCGCGCUUAGCAAACUCAGCUGGGAAUCCGUCGACGACUCCGUCUUCAAGCUCGACGAAAACACGCUCAAACCCCUUCCCCCGCCGCCAGAAGCAGACGUCUCCCUCCCCUACGACAUCUCGAACCUGCGAAACUACUCCCUCGCCGUCAGCGGCGACGUAUUCCGCUGGAUCGUCGACUUCGCCUCUGAAAACGUGCUGCGAGAAAUGCUCGUCUGCGGACAAGUCUUCGCGCGCAUGUCCCCGGACGAAAAGCACGAGCUAGUCGAAAAGCUACAAAGCAUAGACUACUGCGUGGGCUUCUGCGGCGACGGCGCAAACGACUGCGGCGCGCUAAAAGCCGCCGACGUGGGCAUCUCGCUCUCAGAAGCAGAAGCCUCGGUCGCCGCACCCUUCACAAGCCGCCAAUUCGACAUCUCCUGCGUCCCACAAGUCAUCAAAGAAGGCCGCGCCGCCCUCGUCACAAGCUUCAGCUGCUUCAAGUACAUGUCCCUCUACUCCGCCAUCCAAUUCACAUCCGUAUCCUUCCUAUACGCCUCCGCUUCCAACCUCGGCGACUUCCAGUUCCUAUUCAUCGACCUGCUGCUCAUCCUGCCCAUUGCAAUCUUCAUGGGCUGGUCGGGCGCCUACCCUACGCUCUCGCGCAAGCGCCCCACUGCUAAUCUCGUCAGCCGCAAGGUCCUCACCCCGCUGCUCGGCCAGAUGGUGCUCUGCAUCCUCAUCCAGCUCAUCGCCUGGACUUAUGUGCAGAAACAGCCCUGGUACUUGCCCCCUGUCCUCGACCCAAAUCACUCCAAUUCCCUCAACUCGCAGAACACGGCGCUGUUUCUGGUUAGCUGUUUCCAGUAUAUUCUGUCUGCGGUGGUGCUUAGUGUGGGGAAACCGUAUCGUGAGCCAAUGGCGAGGAAUUUGCCGUUUAUUACGACGAUUUUUGUUACGCUGGCGAUUUCGUUUUAUAUGCUGUUUGACCCCGCGAGGUGGGUGAGUGAGUGGAUGGAGUUGACGGGGUUGGAUGUCCAGUUUAAGGUCUUUUUGAUGGUGUUGGGGUUGGGCAACUUUGCGCUUGCGUGGGUGGGGGAGAGGUUGUUGUUUCCGGGGUUGAGUAAGUGGUUGGGGGUGUUGAGGAAGAGGGUUGGUGAGGAGAAGAAGAGGAAGGCGUAUAAGGUUAUUGCGGAGGGGAUGCGGAUGUAG